UGAUGAGCAAAAUUAAAGCUUUCUCGCCUCGCCUUCCCCAGACCCAGAAGAUAUCAUACACUCCUAAGUCCUACCUACGUACCCCAUACCAGCAUCAUAGACAUCCAAUGGCACGAACUUAACAUCAAACCAUGGCUCUUACGUGCAACUACUGCCUUGCUUCAGAAGUUAGGCCGCGCGUAUAUUAGAACUGGAAUUUUUUUUCCAAAAGGAGAAAGAGAGAGAGAGAGAGAGAGAGAGAGAGAGAAGCUCUGAUCAGAGAGAGGUUGCAAAUUAUAACUGUAGCUCCUCCCAUCCCAGUUAUCAUCCAUUUUUUAUUAUAGGUAGAACCGGAAAGGAAGAAUGCAAAAAGAAGUAGCCGACGAUCCACGGCUGGCCAUCCUUGAGGAAGAACUCAGAUCCUCCCUGGAGAAGAACCGUUCGCUAGAAAAGGAGAACGAGCAACUGAAACAGGAGUUGGUCCACCUCAAAACCCAACUCAAUUCCAUUAAAGCACGAAAUUCAGAUAGUACUAGAUCUGCACUCUGGAGUAAGCUACAGAUCUCUGUUGUCAAUGGCGGCAGCAAUAAUACAGAUGCAAUGCAACAUAAGUCAAAAGUUCUUAUCGACUUGGGUGAGAACCCAACAACGGAAAAUCUGUGUUCAGGGCGAGUUUCUCUAGAAUCUAUUGGUAGGAAGGAGAGACAGCCGAGAGUUCCGAAGCCACCUCCAAGGCCCACUUGUACUACUACACUUCUACCAGACGGAGUACAUGGAAACAAAGCGCCACCCCCUCCACCACCACCACCGCCGCCACCAUCAUCGAAUUCGAAGUUGUUAUCUAGGUCAACCACCGCACUGCGGAGAGUGCCGGAAGUCAUGGAAUUCUACCGCUCCCUUACAAGGAGCGAUGCAAGGACCGACAACAGAGGCAACGUAGCAGGGAUCCAAGAAGCUGUAAAUGCUAAGAAAAUGAUCGGAGAAAUAGAGAAUCGGUCGGCAUAUCUCUUAGCUAUAAAAUCUGAUGUGGAAACACAAAUGGAGUUCAUCAUGUUCUUGACAAGGGAGGUGGAGAAUGCAGUAUAUACAAAGAUAUCUGAUUUGGAAGAGUUUGUUAAAUGGCUAGACGAGGAACUAUCCUACCUGGUUGAUGAGAGGGCCGUGCUCAAGCAUUUCCCCCAGUGGCCAGAGCGAAAAGCAGACGCAAUGCGGGAAGCUGCAUUCAGCUACAGAGACCUGAAGAACCUCGAAUCGGAGGUAUUAUCCUUCCUGAAUAGCCAUAAACAGGCCAUUACUCUCACCCUUAAAAGGAUACAAGCGUUGCAAGACAGACUGGAAGGAAGUGUUCACAACAUUGGGAGGAUAAGAGAAAGCACAAGCAAGAAAUAUCGGGAGUUCCAGAUCCCCUGGGACUGGAUGCUAGACGAUGGCAUGAUUCGUCAGCUCAAACUUUGCUCGCUGCGGCUAGCCAAGGAAUACAUGAAACGGGUUACUAAUGAAAUGAAAAUCAGUGAAGCCUCACGAGAGGACCUCAUGCUCCAGGCUGCUCGAUUUGCUUUCCGAGUGCACCAGUUUGCUGGGGGUUUCGAUGUGGAGACCAGGCAUGCAUUUGAAGAAUUACGACAGGAAGGUUGUCGCAAACAGCAAGAUACGGACGGCACGACCCACUCUUGUUAGCGACGCAAAAUUGUUCUCAGCGGCAUUGUAGAUUUGUAGUAGUUCACACUUCAGUGUGUACACUGGAACGAUAGAGAUACUGCAUAUUUCAUAUUUCUGGACAAAUACUCCAGAUGGAUUGCUCAAACACAUUUUAAAACAUUAGCUCAGAGGCACGACGAGGAAGGAUGAAGCUUCAGUACCUUUUCUACUAGUAGUAAUUAGAUGAUUGUACAGGGGGAGAAGAAGUAAGACCAAACCAAUCGGUACACAAGUAAAGGUUGGUACAAGGAAUCAAUCAACUGAAUGACAUUUCGUUCCUGUG